UGUUUCAUCGAUCAACAAUCAAAUAGCACAAACAAAAAUCAAUCCAAAAUGAAGUUCUUCAUCGCAAUUGUGGCUAUUGCUGUUGCUGCUGCCACCGAAGCAUCAUACCUGCCAUACGAUAAUGUGCUGUCCUAUCCGAGUUACGCUUCCGGUUUGACUGGCUCAUCCUAUGGUCUGCCCGCAGUGGUAGACAAGUAUGCUUAUCCUUCGUUGUACGGUGGCUAUCCAGCAGCCAAGAGCAUUGUCUCGUAUCCAUCGGUCGAUCCCGUUCUGGCAAGCAAAGUGAUCGAUAACAGCUAUGGUCUAGGAUACAACAAGCUCGUUGCUCCAGUCGUCUCCACCAAAGUGAUCGAUAACAGCUAUGGCCUGGGAUAUAACAAGCUCGUUGCCCCAAUCGUCUCCACCAAAGUGAUCGAUUACAGCUAUGGCCUGGGAUACAACAAGCUCGUUGCUCCAGUCGUCUCCACCAAAGUGAUCGAUAACAGCUAUGGACUGGGAUACAACAAGCUCGUUUCCCCAGUCGUCGCUACCAAUGUCGUCGAUGCUGGACUGUGGAACUAUGGAGGAUAUGGUCUGGGAUACAACAAGUAUCUUCCGUCUGCUCCAGUUGCCAAAUAUGUAUUGUAAAUGUUACUAAUGUGGUUCUAAUAAACCGGCUCCGA